AACUUACAUGGUUCCCAGAAACAUAUAAAUUGCUCAUUACGAGGACAUUUGUUCAUCUCAUUCUUUGUCAUUUUGCUGGUUUGAUAAGUACGUGUCCUGUAGAAAGAGACGGGAAGAGGAUGGAGGAUAGCAUGGUUGAUAGCGAAGGAUUGGUCUCCCUUUCAAUGCUGAAGGCAGGGGAACAAGCUUUUGGAGAGCAAGAAAAGGAUGAUGAAGAGAAGCCGGAUAAGAAAGCAGAAGAAGUUGGAGAGGCUGAAGAAGAUGAUAACAAGAAAGAAGAACCCUCCAAUGGUGGGGGGCUAACAGAUCAUCUUACUUCGGGCUCGAUAGGCGCCAUUCCAGACAUAUCUCCAAGAGAAACUGAGGAGGAUCAACUCGUCACUGACUUACCUAUCUCAAAUCCAGAUGAGCCAACCCUUGCAGCUGAGGAGGUUUCCCUGCUCAUUUCCAUCAUAGAGGACUAAGAUGGCUCUGCCAAUAUCAUUUGUGAACAUAAUUCUGUAUCUUAUAAGAGUCUGUUUGUUUUCUUGGUUUUUCGUGGUUGAUGUUCUGGAACUCACGUACAAAAUUAUGGAUCUCAUCAAAUAAUUCCAUUGAAUUGAGUAUAACGGUAUGUGUGAUACUGAUAGCA